ACCCUUAAUUAGUGCUAAAAUCAGACAUGGGUAAACAAAGCCUGAAAUCUUACUCCCCACAGCGCCUAGCGACCAUGAACGCCGCCGAACAUUGCCAGUAUCUCCGGCGCGGGCAGUAUCUGGGCGAAAUAUCAGCCCUUUGCUUUCUCCAUCUUCCUUCUCAUCUCUGCAAUCUUCCAUUACUUUUAGCUGGAACUGGCUCGCAGAUUCUGGUGUACGAUUUGCUGUCUGAAAAGAUCAUAAGAUCAUUUGAAGUCUUUGAAGGGAUUCGUGUUCAUGGGAUUGCUUUGGAUAAUUUUAAUGAACAACUACAGGGUUUCCUUGGUUUCCGGCUUGCUUCAUUCGGCGAAAGGACUGUGAAGCUUUUCAACCUACAAAUUCUACCAGGCAAUGGAGAGAACCCCAUUCUAGAUAUAAAACUGUCCCUUAUUUGCUCGCUGCCGAAAUUUGGUCAUUGGGUAUUGGACGUAUCCUUCUUGAAGAGGGAUGGUGCAACUUCAACUGAGAAUGCAUGUUUUCUUGCCAUUGGAUGUAGCGACAAUUCUGUGUCUUUCUGGAAUAUUUUGACGCAUAAUAUGUUUUCUAAGGUCACGUGCGCAGAGAGGUGCCUAUUGUACUCCAUGAAGAUGUUGGGAAGUGAAAUUAAAUCUCUAAUCAUUGCGUCUGGCACUAUCUUCAAUGAGAUUGUUGUUUGGAAGGUGGUUUUACAGAAUCAAUCUACAAUCUUCACAGGUCAUGAGGAAUAUUGCAACUUUCUAGCUAAUGAGGGGGACGACAACACCCUUGCUCAUCCCAAGUACAGAGAUGCUUUUAUGUGUAGGCUUGUAGGACAUGAAGGUUCAAUCUUCCGCAUUGCAUGGUUCUCUAACGGAACAAAGCUUGUUUCUGUUUCUGAUGAUCGUAGUGCUCGCAUUUGGGAAGUUACUACUGAGAGAGAAGUUUCAUACAAGGCCAUGCAAGGUGGGAUCAGUUAUUUUGCGGGCCCUGUUUUGUUUGGGCACAGUGCCAGAAUUUGGGACUGCUGUAUAUUUGACUCUGUAAUCAUCACUGCUGGUGAGGACUGUACAUGCCGUGUUUGGGAUCAUGAUGGAAAAGAGCUUACUAAGAUGAAGGAGCACACUGGGAGGGGAGUCUGGCGAUGUUUGUAUGAUCCAAGGUCUUCACUUCUUGUCACUGCUGGUUUUGAUUCUGCAAUAAAGGUUCACCAGCUGUUUACAUCUUCUAAAGGAUCAGAACAAACUAUUGCAUCACAGGAUUUAAGUGGCAGAAAGGAAGUGUUUUCUCUUAUCCUACCCAAUUUUUCUAUGGAAGGUGGACUGAUGGACAGCAAAAGUGAAUAUGUCCGUUGCCUGCAUUUUGCACGUGAAGAUUCUCUUUAUGUUGCUACAAACAAUGGCUACCUGUACCAUGCUACUCUGUAUAAUGUCGGGCCAGUUAAGUGGACUGAACUUGGACGCAUCAGUGAGGAAGCUCCAAUAAUUUGUGUGGACAUAAUGUCAAAAGGCCCUGACAGUGCUGGUAGAUGUGAAGAUUGGAUUGCUGUUGGAGAUGGUAAAGGUAUCAUGACAAUCAUCCAGGUUCUUGGAGCUGGCUCUGAUCGGAAAGUUGAAGUUACUUUCACUUGGCCAGUUGAAAAGGAGAGGCAUCUCUUGGGCAGUUACUGGUGUAAAUCAUUGGAAAAUAGAUUUAUCUUCACUGCUGAUCCUGGUGGUAGAUUAAAGAUGUGGAAGCUAUGCUGCACGAUGUCUUCUGACUCUAAAAUUCCUCAAGGAAAUUCUGGUUUAUUUUUUAUGGCAGAAUAUACAUCGUGCUUUGGAAUGAGGAUAAUGUGUGUGGAUGCGUCACUUGAUCAGGAGUUAAUAGUGUGCGGGGACAUUCGGGGUAAUCUUCUGCUGUUUUCUCUUCCCAGAAGUCUAGCCUGUGGUUCUUUUCUUUCCACAGAGGUGAAGAAGACACCCACGUUAAAUUAUCUCAAAGGUGUUCAUGGAGUAUCAACUGUGAACAGUGUUUUUAUAUCUUCUGUGUCACCUGAUCAAGUUGAGAUCCGCUCGACAGGAGCAGAUGGAUGCAUAUGUUACCUGAAGCAUGACAGAGAGCUGCAUGAUCUGGAGUUUAUUAGAAUGAAACAAGUAAAAGAACUAAGUGCAAUUCGAUCUGUCUACACCACUGGUGUGCAUUCUGAUGAUUCUGCUGUUGGAAACUAUGCAGUUGGUUUUUCCUCUACAAAUUUCAUUAUAUGGAAUUUAAUUUCAGGGACCAAGGUGCUUCAAAUCACAUGUGGUGGGUGGCGGCGCCCCCAUUCAUAUUAUCUUGGUGUGUUGCCUGAGAUGAACAGUUGCUUUUCUUUUGUUAAGGACAAUGUCAUAUAUAUUCACAGGCACUGGGUGCCGGGAACAGGUCGAAAGAUAUAUCCUCAGAAUCUCCAUUUGCAGAGUCAUGGGCGGGAGAUACACUCAUUAUGUUUUAUUAACAAAUUUUUUGUUUGUAAUUCAUACAAAGAUCAGGAUUUGGUUCCUGAAUCUAGCUGGAUUGCAACUGGUUCUGAAGAUGGAUCUGUGCGAUUGAUUAGGUAUGAACCAGUCAUGGACAACUGGUCUUCUUCCCAGUACCUUGGAGAACAUGUGGGUGGCUCAGCUGUGCGAUCAAUAUGCUCUGUAUCAAGGAUGCAUAUAUUCAUGCUUGAUUCUGCCAACAUACCAAAUGCACCUUACAGACAGAAUGGAGCUGCAGAGGAUGAAAAUCCUUCCAUAUUAAUAUCUGUUGGUGCUAAAAGGGUUAUAACUGCAUGGAAACAACUGAGCAGUCAAAUAUCGGAUGCUUUGAGUGGUUCUUCCGCAUCUAAAUCACCAUUUUCCUUCCAAUGGCUCUCAACUGAUGUUCCUGGGAAACGCACUAGUUCUGUGAAAAAGAAUGACACUGAGGAAUUUAUUGAAACAGUCAAUGAUCCUAGCACAUCCACAUCAGAUGCUAUUUCUAUUAACUCAUGUUUGUCUGGAUAUAGGAAUUUGGAGUCAAACAUCUGCCUUGAAGAUAGUCUUGAUCAUGACUGGAGAUAUCUAGAUAUUACUGCUUUUCAUGUUAAAGAGGCUGGAUCCAGAGUUUCCACCUGCUUUAUUCUUGUCGCUUGUUCUGAUGCUACAGUUACACUAAAGGCUCUUGUAUUACCUUUUCGGCUUUGGUUUGAUGUUGCUUUGCUGUGCUCCUUAUCGUCAUCUCCUGUAUUGUCUUUGCAGCAUGUUGUCAUUCCUAAGCCUCUGUCAACUAAAGGAAAGCUACAAGUUGGAAGUCUUUACAUGGCUUUUGCUGGAUCCACUGAUGGAAGUAUUGCAAUCUGGGAUCUAACAGAAUGUGUUGAAGACUUCAUGCUGCAAAUAUCCAAACUAGAAAUGGAAAACUGCAUGAAAGUCCAAACACGACCAAAGACUGGUAGAGGAAGCCAAGGUGGUCAAAGAUGGCGAUCCAUAACGAAUGCAAGGAAUAAACCAGUUUUCUUCAAUUUGAGAGAAAAAGAUAACAAUGGUUUAGUCUCUAUUGGAAGGAAACCUGACUUUGGAAUGGAAAAUCAUGCAGUUGAAACAUCUGAGAUAUCUAUUUCCAGUAAGAGUCAUGUUUUUCUUCAAGAAGCACCCCAAACUGCAUCUGCUUCCGAAAGCAAAACAGCUGGUAUGUCAUCUGAAAAGGUUGUAUUAGAAGCUGUUUCAGUCUUAGAUGAUGUUCAUCAAUCUGGGGUCAAUUGCCUCUUUGUUUCUGACCUCAAACAGUCCGACUCUGGUGGGAUGUUAUUCCAUGUUGUGAGUGGGGGUGAUGAUCAGGCAAUUAAUUGUUUUAGAUGUGAUGUGGAAAGCAAUCCUCAGCAAAGGGAGCUCUUUCAAAAUAGGACUCUGAUAAUUAAUUGCACCACACUGGCAGGGGGUAUGAAUCACAACAAUCCCCACUGCUUAAUUCAAAACCAUCAGAUGCAAUUUUUGUCUGUGGAUAAGGUGGCCUCAGCUCACAGCUCUGCUGUCAAAGGGGUAUGGACAGAUGGUAUCUGGGUUUUUUCUGUCGGACUGGAUCAGCGCCUACGGUGUUGGAACCUUGAUCAUGGGAGACUCAUGGAGCAUGCACAUAUAAUCGUAAGUGUGCCAGAGCCAGAAGCAAUGGAUGUUAAAACAUGUGGCAGAAAUCAUUAUGAGAUAGCAGUUGCCGGAAGGGGGAUGCAGAUGAUUGAGUUUCGUCCUUCCUCUACAUUCUAACUCAAACAGGAGGGGAGGAAGAGGGCAGUGGUGCAACUGGAAGCAAGCCCAUCCGUUGGUUGGAUCGGGCACAGGCACGGGCACGGGCACAGCCACACUGCAUGCAUUGGUGGACAAGAAUAUCUCUACAACAACACAACUUUUUGUUAGAUAUGGCCUGGCCUAUGCAGGCUUUGCAGUCCUCAUCAUAUCAUAUCAUUAUUAUUAUUAUUAUUAUUGAUUCUUAUAGCUAGCACUGCUCAUCUCCGCUGAUGUUUUGUUAGAUUUUCCCGAUAAUAACAACAAAGGAUGACCGACUGACAAAUUUCUUGCCUGAUAGAUAGAUAAUACACAAAAUAACAUGUACCUACUUACUAGGAUCACUGCUGCUAGGUGGUCAGUGCACAUGCAUAUAUAUGCAUGUAAGUAAUAGAUACGCAUAUAGCAGCAACCAAUAAUUUAACCAUGGACCUGGGUGCUGGUGCUGGUAGCCAAACACAAUCUGUGUUUCGAAUACUCAAAUAUUGUGAAGAUAGCUGGAGCCUGGCCAUGGAAGGAGGCGGCCAGGCCAGGCAAGGCAUUAAUGUAUUUAUAAUCCAAACGAAAAGGAAAAUAUUAUGUGAAUGAGUGAAUGAGUCCAGUUCUAGCAGCAGCUGCUGCACACAUUGCAAAUGCAUAUGCAUCUCCGAGUGCUAUCAAACGUAAAACUCUCGUCAGGAGAGUCGAUGAAUAUUGUUCCACAUUAAAAUUUAAGUCGGAGCUCUCUUACUUUAUAAGGUGAAGGGCAUCAAUUGAUUUCUCACUUUUUUUAUGCGAAUUGAAUAGGCAGCUCUUCAUUUUAGAUUGGAAGUUCUUUCUUUUAACACAAUAUAAAUGCAAUGUAUAUGUAUACACAGAAACCACAAUACCAUAUCAUCAUUAAUUAUAUAUACGUCGGAUCUGGGUCUAAGGCCCACAAAGCAAGAGCUCGCCAAGAGAUAGAAUGAAGAACGAAGAGGACUGGGAGGUCCGACGUCCGCGAGGCAAGGCCAUGGCAAGAGAUAGAAUGAAGAACGAAGAGGACGGAGAGGUCCGAAGUCCACAAGGCAAGACCAUGCCGUGGGAUGGAAUGAAAGAUGGAGAGGAUCAGGACCUACAAGUGCAAAGAACCGAGAGACUUGCAGGGUUAGAGGAUCUCAUGUUCAACUAGGACCUUCAAAGAAGCAAAGAUCUUUUGACAGUUCUGCCCUUAUGACAAUCCGGUCCCUAAGAAAACCCAGCCUCAUGGAGACUCUUUGCUGCAGUUCGAUCCUCAAGUCCUCAAAGCCACUCGACCCUCAAGAAGAUUCGACCCUCAGGACAUCCGGUCUUCAUGACCAUCCAGCCCUCACGCCACCAAAAUUUCCACAUAAAUGGGCUUAAUCAAAGAAGAUAAGGUGGGAAAGUUGGAAUAUUAACUCCUUAAAUAGUAAAGUAUGACACAUUUUGCACACACUAUCCACUCUACAAAACACUUAUCCUUUACUUUCCUUUAUCUAGUUUGUGUUAGGUUCUUAUUGGUAAGUUUCACUGCUAACUUAUAAUUUCUAUCCUUUUUGUUAAUUCAAAUUUAUUUCAUUCCAACGCAUUUAUUUUUC